GUUUUCAUUUUCGGUGCUGCUACUACUACUCGGCAUCUCCUUAAUUGUGGGUGCUAGACAGAGAGAGAAAGAGAGACGCACAGACGAACCAACUGAAAUGCCAAAACGUGUGCGCUUUGCAUAAGUAUGAGUGUGUGUGUGUAGUGCAGCACAUGAGCGACACCGAGGUGCAGUCGUGUUAGCGCGUAAAGCUCACCUACGACAACAACAAAAAGCUUAACGGCAACAGGUGGCUGUGAGACUUCCGUUCGUUAUCAGAAAGCUCGACGACCCGAACGUUUUUUGCUAAUCCGCAUAGAACACACAGAAACCACAGCAGAGCAGCAGCACAGUAAAUAAGUCAGUGGAACAAACGCUGCGACCCAUAUAUAAAUUAAUUGGCACACAGAAUAUUUGUGACAGUUCGUUGUAUGCUUUCGCAACGGCAAAAGCUUCAAUAGGUUCAAAACAAAAAGCAAAACCAAAUAUGUGGAAAUUAAUCAACAUUGUUGUUGCCUGCUCUAUCCUCAUACAAUGCGCGCAGGCGCAAAUUGCGUUUACUGGUCUGCCUUGCACCGUGCGAAAUCCUAAGAUUGUCGGCGGCAGCGAAGCCGAGCGCAAUGAAAUGCCCUUCAUGGUGAGUUUGAUGCGACGUGGUGGCCACUUUUGUGGCGGCACCAUUAUAAAUGAACGCUGGAUUCUGACCGCCGGCCACUGCAUCUGCAAUGGGCUGCAAAAGUUCAUGAAACCGGCGCAAAUUCAAGGCGUUGUCGGGCUGCACAGCAUACGCGAAUAUCUCAAUGGCAUUGGCAGUGGUCCGGAUGCGUUGCGUGUGGAUUUUAAGAACAUUGUGCCGCAUCCGCAAUACGAUUGCAAUAAUGUGAAGCAUGAUAUUGCACUGCUGGAGUUGGUGCAACCAAUUAGUUUUACGGCUCACAUUCAACCCAGUUGUGUGAGCUCGGAGAAGGAGCAGCGCAGCUUGGAGCAGGAAUUCGCCACCGUGUCCGGAUGGGGCUGGACACAUGAGAAUCAGGCGGUGGGCGAUCGAGCCGAUGUGCUGCGUAAAGCCACCGUUAAGAUCUGGAACAAUGAGGCCUGCGAGCGUUCCUAUCGUGCACAGGGAAAAUCCAAUAGCAUUAGCGACACUCAACUGUGUGCGGGCUAUGAAAAUGGUCAAAUUGACUCAUGCUGGGCGGACUCCGGUGGCCCUUUGAUGUCCAAGGAGCACCAUUUGCUCGGCGUUGUCUCCACUGGCAUUGGCUGCGCUCGUCCUGGUUUGCCGGGUAUUUAUACGCGUGUUAGCAAAUACGUGGACUGGAUGCAGAACGUGAUAAAUAAGCGAUAAUAGCAAGUAGAAUGCUGUUGCUUGACCAAAUGUGAUUUAACUGUGAUAUUUAGUUUUUAGAAUACAAUUAAAUGUUUCACCAGCAAAACGAAAACUUUUUUAC